ACAAAGCCCAGCCCGGCCAUCUCCUCUUUGCAAACCUAGAGAACUCCGGUCCCCAUGUUGAAACUCGGCAGUGGCGGUGGCGGGCAGGACUGGGCAUGCUCAGUAGCAGGGACAGGUUUGGAAGACGAGGAAGCCGCGUUUGAAGUCCGUGGCUAGGGAGUCAGGGGGAGGCUGACGGCCGGGGCCGGGCUCGGGGUGCACUGGGGUCCCAGGCCCGCGCUUGGGGUGGGCAAGCUGGAGGCGGGCUCCGAGGGGCGGGCGGGUGGUGGGCAGGGCGUGGAGAGGCGGGGGCAGCCGGUGGGAGAAGGGGAGGAGCGCCCGACUCCCCAUCCCCCGGCGCCGGCUCUGCGGCUGCUGAAUCGGAAGCCGCAGGGAGGAUCCGGGGAACUAAGGACGUCCGAGAAUGACCUCCAGCGAAGCCGCCUGAGCCGGGGCUCGCGCGCUGCCCUGCCAGCCUCCAGCAUGGACGGCGGCGGCGGGCAGCCGGCGCAUUCAGCGCCGCACGCUCCCGGGGUCCCCGCCGUCGCCGUGAACGGACUGCUGCACAACGGCUUCCACCCUCCGCCGCUCCAGCCGCCGCGCCUCUGCAGCCGGGGUCCCGCGGGCGGCGGCGACGCGGCGCCCCCUCGCCUCCCGCUCCAGCCAGAGCUCCAGCCGCAGCCGCCGCCGCCUCAGCACGACUCCCCGGCCAAGAAAUGCCGGCUGCGGAGGAGGAUGGACUCGGGGAGGAAGAACAGGCCGCCAUUCCCAUGGUUUGGCAUGGAUAUCGGUGGAACGCUGGUUAAGUUGGUCUACUUUGAACCGAAGGAUAUUACAGCCGAAGAGGAACAAGAGGAAGUUGAGAAUCUGAAGAGCAUCAGGAAGUAUUUGAUAUCUAACACAGCAUAUGGGAAAACGGGCAUCCGAGAUGUCCACCUGGAACUGAAAAACCUGACCAUGAGUGGGCGCACAGGGAACCUGCACUUCAUCCGCUUUCCCAGCUGUGCAAUGCACAGGUUCAUUCAAAUGGGCAGCGAGAAGAACUUCUCCAGCCUCCACACGACUCUCUGUGCUACAGGGGGUGGGGCUUUCAAGUUCGAAGAGGACUUCCGAAUGAUUGCUGACCUGCAGCUCCAUAAGCUGGACGAACUGGACUGUCUCAUUCAGGGCCUGCUCUACGUGGAUUCUGUCGGCUUCAAUGGCAAGCCGGAAUGUUACUAUUUCGAAAACCCCACAAAUCCGCAAUUGUGUCAUAAAAAGCCGUACUGCCUUGACAAUCCAUACCCUAUGUUGCUGGUUAACAUGGGCUCAGGUGUCAGCAUUCUAGCAGUGUAUUCCAAGGACAACUAUAAAAGAGUUACAGGGACCAGUCUUGGAGGUGGAACAUUCCUAGGCCUAUGUUGCUUGCUGACUGGUUGUGAGACCUUUGAAGAAGCUCUGGAAAUGGCAGCUAAAGGCGACAGCACCAAUGUUGAUAAGCUGGUGAAGGACAUUUACGGAGGAGACUAUGAACGAUUUGGCCUCCAAGGAUCUGCGGUAGCAUCCAGCUUUGGCAACAUGAUGAGUAAAGAAAAGCGAGAUUCCAUCAGCAAGGAAGACCUCGCCCGAGCCACUUUGGUCACCAUCACCAACAACAUUGGCUCCAUUGCUCGGAUGUGUGCGUUGAAUGAGAAUAUUGACAGAGUUGUGUUUGUUGGGAAUUUUCUCAGAAUCAAUAUGGUCUCCAUGAAGCUGCUAGCAUAUGCCAUGGAUUUUUGGUCCAAAGGACAGCUAAAAGCUCUCUUCUUGGAACAUGAGGGUUACUUUGGAGCUGUUGGGGCCCUACUGGAACUGUUCAAAAUGACUGCUGACCUGUAAAGAGGAGCGGCACGGAAAGAGCCUCCCGUGAGCACUGGAAACUGCUGCUGGACGCGGUGGAAGCCACGAUGCAGCCGGAAGCCAAGCCAUUCUGGCACUUCACCCUGCUGGACUUGUAAAUAGUUGAAAAAUCCUUCUCGCCGGUCUUCUAUACUUACGUUUUGAGCUUAUGAUUCAAAAUGGGGAAUACAAGAUUUUUUUCUGUCUACUGUAUUUUUAAAAAAAGAGAAAAGAAAAAAAGUUGUGCAGCGUGGCCAAACCUAACUAAUUUUAUGCAUUAACUUUGCAAUGUGUUGUAUGAUUCUUUUAAGAAGGACCUGAAAUGUAAAAGCGGUUUUGUUAUCUUAAGUUUUUCUUCUGGGGUUUACUGAUCAGUGUGGCAAUUUUAACUUCAUUUAGUAAUCACUCUAGGAGAUUUUACCUUUACGUAUAUUUUUCAUGACGUUUCAUGAUUUGCUGUUUGUUUCAAAUGAAACUACAAAUCUGGCAUGUUUUACUGCGAGCACUGUCUUUGUUUGUUUCCCUUUUUUUGGUCUCGUUUUCCUGUUUGAAUGUCUUCUGAACAAAGAAGGUCCUUCCACGGUACUUCUGUCCUGGGAUGGUCUCCCCGCCCUCUGCUGACCCAGAUGAAAGCCUUUCUCCAACAUACUUGUUCCUGUGACUGAAGGUGCUGACCAACUCAAUACAAAGUUAAUCACCAGAUCUUUCAAACCUCAGAAGUGCCCAAGGAAGACUCUGAAUGUGUUGCUGAAUUCAAUGGGUCUGGCCAAAAUUCAAAAUAUGCCAUUUUAUAGUAUCCCUUAUGAAUAUAGCCUUGUUUUGUUGGAUUUACUUUAUGUUAGGCUCUAUUAAAGUGUUGUAUGAUGAACCGUCCUCAUCCAUUCAGUGCAGAGAGGCAGUAAAUCCUUGUGCAGGGAGGUUAUUGUUCACAUCAAGAGACUUGGGGGUGGAAUUCACGGAUUAGCCUGUUACGUAGCCAUGAGCUAUUUUUUGUGUACAUGUAUGUACCUAGGAGCUUGGUAACAAGGUAUCUUAUAAAUAAUAAUGCUAAAGUUUUUGUUUUGUUUUGUUUUUAAUAUUCUCAAUCUAAAUCUGCAUUUCAAUCCUUGUUUUAAGAUUAAAAAAUACUGACCUUGAAUCUUUUUGUUGAAGACAUCAUAGGGACUGAUGAGUAAUUUUCCCAUUGGACUGUCUCAUUCGAAUGAGACUCUUGUACCGAUGUUAGAACGCUUAAGAGCUGAUGAUACAGAGCAGACUGGUUUGGGGGUUAAGUGUACCGUUGAACGGGGUUUCUUAAAGGGCAGCACAGUUGUUCCGCGAUGGGUCUUUGGUUCUGCCUUCGGAGCACCAUCUCUAACUUACUUCUCUUCUGGUCUUGAAGGUGAUGCUUGUUGAAAUAAAGCCCGUUUCUGUUGUGA